CCAUUCUGAAGUAAUUUGAUUAAUAAUACGGUUUGCCAAUUACGCUUGCCAGCAGCAGCCAAUAUCGCAGCUCUAACACGUCGGUGUGGAUAUGUCGGACUGGAUAAGUGUGUUGACGUCUACAAGAAAGUAGACCAAUCAGAAUACACGUAGUCCAACUUCCGGUGCUUGCGUGGAACCUCGUGGAUGUUAAUUUUUUUAAACAAAUGAUGGCAAAUUUUGUAAACAAACGAAGACUUUCAAGCGAUGAGUUUUGUCACAAGAUUCGACGUAUUACUUAAAAUUUCAUUCCAUGUUGAAACCAAAAUUUUGAUAAGUUAGAUUCGGCUUCCCUACCAUUUAAUAAACGAUCCCUUUGAACGAUGUAAUCGAAUUGAAUGAUGUAUUCAAGGAGACAACCAUUACCCAGUCUCACCAACCUAAAAAAAAGUGUUGUAGAAACAGGAAUAAUAGUAGUUUGUAACUUUAGAAUUGACAAUUAUUGAAUAAAAUGUACGUACUAGUAGUAUAGGUGUUGCGAUCAUUUUUUUUUACUUUUGUGCGCCGAACGACGAGCGUGGUCUUGGUCUUGACUUGUUCUUUGGCUGCAAUUGCAAUUGCAAGUCGAUCCUUCAAGAUGGCGCUUAAUACUACUGUGAAAGUGCACCCUGUUGUUUUAUUUCAAAUUGUUGAUGCGUACGAAAGAAGAAAUUCCGAAGCUGCGCGUGUUAUUGGUACACUGCUUGGGACUGUGGAAAAAGGAAUUGUGGAAGUGACGAACUGUUUCAGUGUGCCCCACAAGGAGUACGAAGAUCAGGUGGAUGCAGAAUUGAGUUAUGCAGCAAACCUGUAUGCUCUUAAUCAUAGAGUUAACCCUCAAGAGGUAAUUGUUGGUUGGUGGGCUACUGGAAAUGAAGUUACCAGCCACUCUUCACUGAUUCAUGAAUAUUAUGCCCGAGAAUGUAAAAAUCCUAUUCAUUUGACACUGGAUACAACUCUUCAAAAUGCUAAAAUGGGAAUUCGGGCAUAUUUGAACGUUCCAAUUGGUGUCCCUGGCGGUUCAGUGGGCUGCAUGUUUACCCCGAUUAAUGUAGAAGUCACCUGCUACGAGCCAGAAGUUGUAGGAGUGCAACUGUGUCAGAAGACUGUGGCUGGAGGAGUUGGGGGUAAGAAGAUAGUGGAACCUCUUCUGGACUUGGCUCAGGUGGCUGAAGCGUCAAGACGCCUGACAGGCCUCCUUGAUCAAGUACUGACAUAUGUCGAAGAUGUGCUUGCUGGACAUGCGCAACCUGAUAACGCUGUGGGACGAGCUCUAUUGGAUAUGGUGAAUAGUGUGCCGAAGAUGAGCAAUGAGGAGUUUGAGAACAUGUUCAAUUCAAACGUGAAGGAUCUUCUGAUGGUGAUUACUUUGGCACAGUUGGUGAAGACCCAAUUGCAGUUGAAUGAGAAACUCACUCUACUCACAACUCUGUAAAUUGUAGUACUCACAUUAUGUUCUUUAAAAAUCUGAAUAAAUCAGUCUGGGAUCUACAUUGUAAUUAUUGUUAACUUCUCUCUCCAUUAAGUAAUAAUAAAUUUCUGAAUUUGUCUUUCAAAUAUUUUGUUUCAAGCUUUAACUUAUAUUUAACUUGAUUUAAAAGCUCACCAAAGGUGACUUUCUCUGAAGAAAUAAACAGAACAUGACUUAACAACAAUUUUAAGGUAGCUACUUUCUGAAAAAUGUGUGAAACUGAGAAGCAUCAUAGAAUUUCAUGGCUCUGGAAAAGUGGUAAAAGGUAAAAAUCAGGGAAUUUGUAGAAGUUUCAUGAGAAGUCAGGGAAACUUUCGAGUCGUUAUAUAACUAUAUUGUUUUUCACGUUGUGAAGGCACAAUGUGUUAUGGAGAAUCUGCAAGUUCUUGCCAACAAGCUUCAUGCAAAAUGCUUUCAUGCAAACUUCGCUUAUCCGCUUGCUCCAGAAUCAUCAAAAUUACAGCUAACUUUCUCAAUACAUGUGUCUACUAAAGAAUUUUUUAUUUUUACACUAUAUUAUUAUUGUUGCUGUAUUUUUAUUUAACCCAAGUAUCUAAUUUACAGAUACCCUUUACAUGUGUCUCUUAUAAAAUGAAAAAAAUUUAAUUGUUGAUUGUGCCGUCAAAUAUUAAUUAAAUUAUACAAGAAACGAUACACUAUAACCAGGUUAAUCCAAUUUCCAUUCGAGUUCACUAUGAUCUUUUUCUUAUGUUUAAAUGAAUUCUUUCAAUCAUCAGAGCCUUUUUCCUUGCAUUUUAAAUUCAAAUCCUAUUUCUGUCAGUAAGUGAUAAAAUGCAGAAUAUUUCAAAUUUGAUUAUGUUUAUCAAAUAAAUCAUUUGCACAUGACUGCAGGAAUAUUUUUAAAUAUAUUCAUAUUCAAUUUGAGUUGUACCAUAUUAUGUACAUAAUCAUCAAACUUCUCUUCCCUAAUGGUGCAGUUAACUGUGUUUUUCUUGGGGUUGUUAUUUCCUCCAUUCUUGUUUCCCUUUGUAUUCUAAAGAAGAAAUGUCUGUUGAUGCCUGAUUCUUUGCCAAAUUCAUUCACAUUAUUGACUCAGUUUUUGGAUGUUUUCCUUGAAGGUUCACGAAUACUUGAAUUUUUUUUUUUUUUUCACCACCUUUAAUUAUUUUACCUUUUUGCUGCAAUGCUCUCGAAUCCUUUAAUAUUACAAAACUGACUAAAUUACAUACAUGCAUUUCUUUAACAAUCCAUAUUCACCAUCUGCACUCACUUCCAGCAGCAAAAAGCGACAGAACAGGAUUACCCUACAAAAUUCAUAAAA